AUGGACCCGUCCAAGUCUCACGAGUCCUUCUCCGACGCCCUCCGCGCCACCGCAUCGCCGCCCUACGAAAUGCCCACGGAAGGCCUGCCCCCCAUCUACGCCAGCCGCACCAACCUCGCCAGGCUCGAGGGCGCCAGCACCAGCGACGUCAACCUCGACGCCAAGGGCAAGCGUGCCUCGCCCACCAGCGCCGCCGCCGAUGCCGACCUCGCCGCCGGCUCCAGCGAGCCCAUCUCACUCUCGCGCUCCAGCACCGGCCCCAACCGUAUCAACAUCUCGGACCCGCUCGCCGACUUCCGCGCCCGCAACCUCGAAAAGCCAGAGGGCCUCGGCGACAACUCCGACUACCCUCCACGCGAGACCAACCGCCUCCCCAGCGGAGGCAGCGGAGGUCCUGGAGGAGCGGGGGCCGGUGCGGGUGCGGGCGCAGGCGCGGGUCGUCCACCCACGGCUCCCUUUGGCCGCCCGCAGCUCAUCCGCCGCGACAGCGACAUGUCGAGCGAGGGCGACCAGGACUACGACGACUUUGACUGGAGCGACGAGGAGGACGUCGAGGAGGCCGCCCGCUUCGAGCGCGAGCAGGCAAAGGCGGUUCGCAUGGGCCGCCUGAGCGUAUGGAAGAUCGUUCGCUUCCUUGCCACCACCUUUGUCGGCAACCUCAUCGUCUCGCUCAUCCUCAUCGUCCCCGCCAUCGUCAUCCAGUUUGUCUACCGCCCGCAGGGCGCCAGCUCCGACGCCGACGCCGCGCACCGCGACUAUGUCGCCGACAAUGUCCAGGCGUGGUUUAUCUGGGCUGCCUUCAACCUCCACGUCGAGUGGUGGCUCCACAUCUUUGUCGAGCUCUUUCCGACGUUCGUGCUCGGCGUCAUCCGCCUGAUCUGGGGCAGGCCCAGCCAGAGGGUGCUCAGCCUCGCCGAAUACUUCAACGCCAUCAAGGGCUACAUCAAGCCCGUCUUCUACGCCGCCCUGAGCUGGGGCUCGUGGGCCAUCAUCUUCACCAGCAUCUACGGCCUCUACAACCGCAGCGACCCGCAGAACGGCCGCGCCGCUUACCUCUACCGCAUCUACCAGAUCAUCGAGUUCGCCUUCUUCUUCAUCCUGGUCAUCUGCGCCGAAAAGAUCAUCAUCAAGUACAUCGCCAUGUCCUUCCACCGUAGCGCCUAUGCCGAGCGCAUCGCCAAGGUGACCAAGUCGCUCAAGGUCUUCGACUACCUCCGCGACCACAAGCCCAAGCACAAGGGACGCGACAACAACUCGACCUUUGGCAUCCCUGCCCGGCCCACCAACCGCGGCUCGCCCACCGUCAGCGGCGCCGCCACGCCCGUGUUGCCCACUGAGUUCGGCAACGGCAGCGGCAACGUCACCGACAGCGAAGGCGCGGCGCACCGGCCCGGCAGCGGCGGCGGCGGAUCCGGCACCUCGACGCCCAAGCACAGCUGGCUCAAGAAGCACAGCAAGAAGCGGCCCGUCCAGGGCUCGCUCGGUGGCGGCGCCACCAUCUCGGCGGCGCUGCCGAUCCCCGCUGCGGGGGAGGCGCCGGCCCGCGGCGAUGGACGCUCGCGGAUCAUUGCGCGCGCCACGCGCGGAGGGCGCUCGAUCAAGACGACGGCGUCGCAGGCGAGCACGCUCGCGCGCGUCGCCAUGAACGACCCCUUUGGCCUGCUCAACAACGAGACGCUGGGCGUUGGCACCGACGUCAACAGCCCGAGCGAGGCCAAGCGGCUGGCGCGCGGCAUCUUCCUUGCCUACCGCGGCUCGCACAAGCGCAGCUACCUGAUCCCCUCGGACUUCAACGUGGCGUACAAAGACCCGGAGGCGGCCAAGGAUGCCUUCGCCGUGUUUGACCGCGACGGCAACGGCGACAUUUCCCAGACCGAGAUCAAGAACACGGUGCUGCAGGUGUACAAGGAGCGCCGCUUCCUCAGCCGCUCGAUGCACGACGUCAACCACGCCGUGGGCCAGCUCGACGCCAUCAUGCUCGUGCUCGCCUUUGUCGUCAUCCUCUUCAUCGCGCUCGCCAUCUUCAACGUCGACAUCUCGAAGCUGAUCUCGACCGUCUACUCGCUGGCCAUCGCCUUUGCCUUUAUCUUCAAGUCGUCGGCCGCCAACGUGUUUGACUCGAUCAUCUUCAUCUUUGUCACGCACCCCUUCGACACGGGCGACCGCAUCUCGAUUGACGGCUCCGUGUUUGUGGUCAAGAAGAUGUCGCUGCUGUCGUGCCUGUUUGUCAGCGACCUCAACCAGGACGUCUACAUCGCCAACACGAUCCUCGCCGCCACCAGCAUCGUCAACAUGCGCCGCUCGGGCUACAUGUGGGAGAGCAUCGCCGCCCAGUUUGCCUACGACACGCCCCUCGAGAAGCUCGACGCCGUCGAGGCCGACAUGAUCCACUGGCUGCAGACUGAGCCCGAGCGGCUCUUUGUGCCGAGCACCGCCAUUGUGCCGCAGUCGAUCGACUACAUGAACUCGUUUGAGUGCACCAUCGGCAUGACGCACGCCGACAACUGGCAGGACUGGGGCCGCCGCUUCUACCGCAAGAAUGCCUUUUUCGCCGCCUUCUGCUUCUACUGCAAGAAGCACGGCAUCCGCUACGCCAACUCGGUGCAGCCGGUCCCCAAGUCGUUUAUGAACUUUACGCCGCCCCAGGACGAGCUCGAGGGCAGCAGCGGCGUGCGCCUGCGCAGGCUGAAGAAGUCGGACAAGAUGAUUGCCCAGCAGGGCGGCGACAGCUAG